AUGGAUCAGCCGUACGAGCUACACGGAAGGCGUAAUGAAGGCUGGGGUACCCAAAUCUCUGACUAUAAGAUCAGAGCGGCUUCACGUCAAACGGUGGCAUACAGUAGUCGAGGCAGGACGACAAACGACAAGACGAAGCGCAAACAGUAUCUAGCAAAGAGUCUCGACGAAUAUGCCCGCUUUGAAGAGCUCGUUGAAGCUGAUAUCUCAGACUCUGAAGAUGACGACGACGACUUAGAUGACGACGACGACGAGCCAGGUGAAGACCCGGAGAACGGGAGCAGCAACCGGACAUUCACGUCGGAACUCGCCCAAGACUUGAUCGAUGAUAUAAUGCAAGCUUGUGGACCUGUUCCAACGCUUGAUUCUAUUGACAGUUCGCACCAGAGAAGAAUUCGCCAGCAUGACGAAUGGUACAUGAGUGUACUGGAUAGCCUCUUUCACGAGCUAUCCAAUUAUCCACCACAAGCAAUCGACUCGUCUCCGUUUGGCGACAGCGUCUAUUUCUGGAUGCUAGCAAACUACAACGAGAGUAGCCGAAAGGCCCUCUUAUCGCUCCUCCUACAUCCACAUGUGCGGUCAUUUCGCGUUCGGUCCGCGAUAGGAGGAAACGACUGGAGUGACCUGAACACUAGACUGGAAUCGUUCUCCCUUGCAAAAGACAUGUCAAAGAUACCUUCCGUCGUUGGGACAUACUUUCUCCAUGGGCAGCAUCGCUCAGGAGGUCUCCUUUCUAGGGACAUGGGUUAUGUUGGGCAAGCUCGAUCACUCAAAGAUCCGUCAAAGGCGCAUAUUGGCUUCAGGCGACGUGCUGCUGCUCACUGGGUUCGCAUUCAGGAUAUUAAAGAGACCCGGACAAGAGCUGGCCCGCUAAAAGAGAGUAUUAGAUCUCACUACUUUCUUUGGGCCCAUCGUCGAAUCUCUCAUGAAGAUAUUGAACAUGUAUCGAUGGCUCUGUUGACAGUAAUGCCAUUUCCCAGGUCGCAUAUGCACCGCUCGUCUCUUCACCUACCAUUUCUCCUUACCUUAGCUGAAACGAUAGACAUGAUAUUGCUCGGCACAACAUCCAAUAUUAUGUCUGAUCAUUCCAAGAUGGAGUUUGGUUGGUUGUUCGGUCAUAAAUGUAGACCGAGUCACUUGCCAGCAUCGCCAUUCGAAGGACUCAACCGCGCCCUUCCUGUCAAACAGUCACAUCGAAACUUCGGAGCAUUGAUGUCAAGUGUCAACUGGACCCCGAAUGAGGCGGCCACAUUCUUGGAUGUUAUUGAAAGGAAUUACAGGACGAUUUACCGUUCGCACCCAAAACGCAUUGACUGGGAACAUCUCCUUUGCCUACUUGAGAAACAAGGAAUCCGAAAAACGAAGAGACAAGCCUACAGCCUGUAUAAAAGUCUCAGUUUACAUCCAGAUUCGGGGCUACUGACACUCAGAUGGGCUACCUGGCGACGACGCUGGGAGGUAAUUACUGCUUUGAAGAAGUUCCUCACGGAAAAGGACCUCAUCAGUCACCCGGUUAGCGACGAUGAUAUUUACUACCAUAUCCCAAAGCUUGAAGGCAAAAUCAUCGAGAGACAUACUCUCCGCAUAUUCCUCGAGACUGAAGGGUUCCUCUCUGACUGGUCGAGCGUUGACUCAUAUACGAUUUGUUCACUCCUCCCCUCCCUUCUUCAUAAAACAGUAUGGGAAAAGAUCAAUGGAGUCCGAAGAGCGCGCCAUAAUAUGACCUGGACUUGGACCGAACUUCUUCGAAUAUGGCAUCAGGCUCGAGCUCAACUGCUGUCAGAUGGCGUACCUGUAACCCGGCUUCCAAUCAGAGGACCUAUUAGCAUCGUAUCCACCUGGGUGGAGUACCACGACACCAUCGGUGACGCAAACAUUCUCUCCACUUGGGCCUAUGAUGCAUGGAAGGAUACUGGCAAAAGACUCGAGGCCCCCGACAGAAUUCAGAUAGACCCGAGGCUUUUCGACUCUUUUAAAGAAAGAUUGAAUGCCAAUAACGAAGUUGUGAUAGGAAACAACGACGGUAUGACAUCAGAGCAACUUUGGCCAUCUGACGUGCCUCGACUCAAGCAACUCGAGGUCUCUUGGUGUGGAUCCCUCGCCCUGAAGUCGAAGUCAUCCACUGAAACCAAUUCUGGGCUCCGUAUCAAACUACUUUUUGCCGCGCCACUGGCUUUUGGUGGAAGCGUGUCAACAUUCAGAGUCUUAGUCCAUCUUAUGCAGGAUAUUCACAAACGUGCUUUCGAUGAGUCAACGGAUUCGAGUUCCCUGGACCUGACAGACAACCAGUUUUGGGAGUGUCUUUAUGUUGGAGGUCUUGGACCUAUAUGGGGCUUCAAAAGCGUCGAAGAAGUAAAGCAUCGAUUUUCUUGGGUCCUGAGGUCCAUCAGAACAGGCUACCUACCGACAGAAGCAGCAAAAAUACGAGGAAUACUUCUGGAAGUACUUUCGGGAUCUCUACUGAAGUCAGGAGUGCACCCAUACACUUACACUGGCGGGAUUGAUUCGACUAAAUACCUGAAUCCUGACUUAUCACCUGAAUGGGUCGAAGGGCUUCUCGAAUCCCUCGGUGUUCUGCCAAGCGUACAGAAGAAGCUCGAACAUGAAGGCCUGGACAUGCGGUGUCAAUGGGUAUGCUCUUCUUAUGGUAUUUUGAUUACUUAUAUAUGGGAGGAAGCUGGAUGUGAUUAUGGCCGGGGUAUUGCUGAUCCUCAGGUCAGUGAUAGAGUUGCUGUUCAAAAGCACAAAAGCCAAAGCAGCUCACUGGUGUCCAACAAAGAUUCUCUCCACUACGUGAGCAAACCAGUUGUGCAAAACGAAGAAACGACCAGUUCCCCCGGGGCAGUUUACAGCUCCGGAGCUGGCCGAAAGCGACAAAGACCUUGGAAAAUGCUGGAUCAGUCGACGUAUUCUGAAGAGAGACCCCAAAAGCGACGCGCGAUUGAACGAAUUGCGGCAAUGAAAGGGGGAAUUAUUUCGACUGACAUUAGAGCUGAGGACAGAGAGACCGAAAGAGAUCUUACCAAAGAGUGGGUUGGGAGAAGACAAAGGACAUCCAUGGGAGGCCAUGGCAUCACGCAAACCUCUCUUGAAGCUGUGGGGGAGUUAGACCUGAGCACCGGAUUUCCUACAAACUCAGAGGUCACUGACGAUUCAAUUUUCGAACCUAUUGGUGAGACUGCCGCACAGUCGGGAGGUAGACUUCCAGGCUAUAAUAGGUUCACAGCUGAGCAAGACGCUUAUAUGUUGGCACUCCUGAAGCAAAAACCCACUUGGGCAAAAGUUGCCAAAUCAAUGACCGACAAAUUUGGGUUUCAACGCGCUGCGACAACGGUAAGAAAAAGAGCUAAGCGCCUAGGCCAAAUGCCAAGACGAGAGACAAAAAGGUAUACCAAGAAAGAAGACUCACUCUUGAAGCACCUGCUAGAGCAGGAUACGCCACUGAGCGUCAUCGCGUCAGAAAUUCAAGCCAAGUUCGGCGUUCAGCGUACUGAGCGAGGUUUGAAAGACAGACAGUCUAAACUAGGAUACGUGGGCGGUGACUACAAGCAAAGGCCCUGGACAAAGGAGGAGGAUGCUCUGCUUACUCAGGCCUGGAAGGAAUCUGUCAAGCCUACAGACGUUUUUUCUCGGUACAAGAGUCCAUCCAAACUCUUCUGGGAUGAGAAUUUCGGAGAUGGUGGUCAAGUUCCAUAG